AUGGGUGAUAGACGUCCUGAUUCGACAGACGGUUCGCGUGCGAAGCGGCAGAAGAAGGAUACCGCUGAAAUGGAUCCCCGCAACAACCCAUAUCUCGCUCAUAUGUAUCCAGAGCAGAAUGGAGACGGAGACUCAAGUAGCGGCGCUUUUGCAAAGUUCAAAAGACACCAAACUACCGCUGCGCUCGCCCAGGAAGCUGAAGAUGCAGACAUCAACCCUUUCAGCAAUCGUCCCUUCUCAAGCACCUACUUUUCCAUCCUGAAGACUCGCCGAAACUUGCCUGUCCAUGCACAGAGAGAUGAAUUCCUCCAGCUCUACCAGAAGUCGCAAAUCCUUGUUUUCGUUGGUGAGACCGGUUCCGGAAAGACAACGCAAAUCCCUCAGUUCGUGCUCUGGGACGACCUUCCACAAACCCAAAACAGGAUGGUCGCCUGUACCCAACCGCGUCGAGUUGCUGCGAUGUCUGUUGCACAGCGUGUGGCCGCUGAAAUGGACGUGAAGUUGGGCGAGGAGGUUGGUUAUAGCAUUCGUUUCGAGGAUAUGACCAGCCCGAAGACGGUUCUCAAGUACAUGACCGAUGGUAUGCUUCUCCGAGAGGCUAUGAACGACCACAACCUCCAGCGUUACAGCACGAUUAUUCUUGACGAAGCUCACGAACGUACUAUGGCGACCGAUAUAUUGAUGGGAUUGCUGAAGGAAGUAGUGCAACGGAGGCCAGAUUUGAAAAUCAUCAUCAUGUCCGCUACUUUGGAUGCGCAAAAGUUCCAGCGCUAUUUCAAUGAUGCGCCAUUGCUUGCAGUUCCAGGAAGAACUUACCCUGUAGAGAUUUUCUACACGCCUGAGCCGGAACAAGACUACGUUGAAGCCGCCAUUCGAACGGUAUUGCAAAUUCAUGCUACCGAACCGGAAGGAGAUAUCUUGUUGUUUUUGACCGGUGAAGAAGAAAUCGAAGAUGCAGUCAGAAAAAUAUCCCUCGAAGCAGACGAAAUGACGAGAGAAGCCGAUGCAGGUCCCAUGAAGGUUUAUGCGCUGUAUGGUAGUUUACCGCCGCACAUGCAACAACGUAUUUUCGAGCCCGCCCCUGGUCCUCGCAGACCUGGUGGACGCCCUGGUCGUAAGGUUAUUGUUUCCACCAAUAUUGCCGAAACAUCUCUUACCAUUGACGGUAUCGUCUAUGUCGUGGACCCGGGAUUCUCCAAACAAAAAGUCUACAACCCUCGUAUCCGAGUCGAGUCUCUUUUGGUAUCGCCCAUCUCUAAAGCAUCCGCCCAGCAGAGAGCUGGUCGUGCCGGUCGUACACGUCCAGGAAAAUGCUUCCGUUUGUAUACAGAGGGUGCGUUCAAGAAGGAGCUUAUCGACCAGACAUACCCGGAAAUUCUUCGAUCCAAUCUUUCUUCCACUGUUCUCGAGCUCAAAAAGCUCGGUAUCGACGACUUAGUGCAUUUUGACCUAAUGGACCCUCCUGCACCGGAAACUUUGAUGAGAGCUUUGGAAGAGCUCAACUACUUAGCAUGCCUUGAUGACGACGGUAAUUUGACACAAUUGGGUCGUUUGGCAUCCGAGUUCCCUCUUGAUCCAGCACUUGCUGUGAUGUUGGUUACUUCUCCAGAGUUCUACUGCUCCAACGAAAUAUUGUCUAUAACCGCUCUACUUUCGGUGCCUCAAGUUUUUGUGCGCCCACACGCACAAAGAAAACGCGCCGAUGAGAUGAAGAAUCUCUUUGCCCAUCCAGAUGGCGACCAUCUCACACUCCUGAACGUGUACCACGCUUUCAAGAGCGCUGAUGCCCAACAAGACCCGAAACAAUGGUGUCACGACCAUUUCCUCUCUCUACGAUCUCUCCAAUCCGCAGAUAACGUGCGCAUGCAACUGCAACGUAUCAUGGAACGGGAAGAAAUUGAUCUCGUAUCCACUCCAUUCGAGGAUAAGAAAUACUACGAGAAUAUCCGCCGUGCUCUCGUCGCUGGAUUCUUCAUGCAAGUCGCCAAGAAAGAAAGUACGGGAAAGAGCAUGUACAUCACUGUGAAGGAUAACCAACAUGUCCUCUUGCAUCCAAGCACGGUUCUCAGCCAUGAUGCCGAGUGGGUGCUUUAUAAUGAAUUUGUGCUCACGACGAAGAAUUACAUUCGGACUAUUACUGCGGUGAAACCUGAGUGGCUCUUGGAAAUUUCACCUAUGUACUACGACAUUUCGAGUUUCCCCAAGGGAGAUAUUCGCUCUGCUCUUUUACGUGCCAGUGAGAGACUUGCGCGCAAGGAGAGGAUGCGAGCCGGUCGGUAG